AUGCCUUACUCAAAGAUACUCGUUCUGGCUUUUGCAUUCCAAGUCGCAAAUGCUGCGGUCCCUAACAUCGAGGGCUUUAAAGUCACGUGGAGUGAUGACUUUGUCGGAGAGGCAAACUCUCUUCCAAACCCAGCCAAUUGGAUCGUCUCCACCGGAACAUCCUACCCUGGAGGUGCUGCUAACUGGGGCACCGGCGAGAUUCAAACCUACACAUCUGAUCCGGCAAACCUGAAAGUUAGCGGGAACGGUACACUUCAGAUCACGGCAGUCAAGACCGGCACAAGCUGGACCUCGGCUCGAAUUGAGACUCAGCGGACGGAUUUCCUGGCUGCUGCUGGCGGCAAGAUGCGGAUACAAGCAAGCCUGAGUCUGCCCGACAUGGGAGAAGCCUGUGCUGGUUAUUGGCCAGCGUUCUGGACACUGGGAGCAGACUUCCGUGGCAACUUUCAAAACUGGCCGUCUAUUGGAGAGUUUGACAUCUUGGAGAACGUCAACUGCAAGCCGACCACAUUCGGAACUCUUCACUGCGGCACCAACCCUGGUGGUGUGUGCAACGAGACUACUGGUCUCUCGGGAUCAAUCACGCCCAAAUCCCUGCCGCAAGGCAACUUCCACACAUACACCUUUGAGGUAGACCGCACGACAACUGGCCAAGAGGCGAUGCGCUGGUUUGUCGACGAUGAGCAGUACAAGGAGAUCAAGCAAUCAGAACUCCCCGAGGACGUCUGGGCUCAAAUCGCUCACCGAGGACACUUUGUUCUCAUGAACCUCGCCAUCGGCGGCUCUUUCCCGAACAAGGAUUACGGUGCCGACGCAACACCCCUGGAGAGCACUGCAUCAGGUGGUGUGUACCAGGCGGAGUAUGUCGCUGUGUACAACUCGGCUUAG